UCUUACAGUAAUCAGUAAGAAAGUGAUUUUAAAUGAGAACCAGCGGGCCGUUUACUAUUUACAAAAUGUGUACUUCCUGGCACUAUCUGGGUUAUGUUUAUUUAUGUUCCUUCAUAUGUUAUGUGGAUGGAUUUUAUACUAGCCCAUCACAGGAUAUAGUAUGUGGUGAACUCUUACGGGCGGGUCAAGGCAACAUUGAAUCACCUUUGUUUCCUGACCCGUACCCAGCUGACCUGGACUGCAAAUGGACAAUUACUGCCAGACCCGGGUAUCGGAUAAGUGUGACAUCAGAGUAUUUUUCUCUAGAGUCCCAAACCAAUUGUUUAUAUGAUUACAUUACUAUAGCAGAUGGGGAAGACGGCGAAUUCGGUCGUGCUCGUUACUGUGGCGACCAAGACGUCGAUUUCCUGUCACAACACAAUGUCAUCACUGUUGAUUUCCGCACUGAUCAUAGUGCUUCAUAUCCUGGAUUUAGGCUUUUAUACGAAGCAGUAGCGCCACAAUCUAAAAAAAGUGCUGGUUGCAAUAGAACAGUUCAAAGCGAAGGUGUGAUUUCAUCGCCAGACUAUCCUUUCACUUAUCCUGCCAAUGUCACAUGCUUUUAUCAUGUCCAAGCACCCGUUCAUCAAUUGAUAGUUCUUGAAUUUGUUGAAUUCCAAGUAGAAACAUCCCCAUGCGACUUUGACAGGCUUGAGAUUUACAACGGAAUAAAUACAGAUGUUGAAAAUCUCCUUGGCAUCUUCUGUGGUAGUGACCUUCCAGUAAGUCUCCAGUCUGAAACCAGCAGCUUAAUUUUAAAAUUUGUGUCUGACAAGACUGUGGAGAAAAAAGGAUUCAACGCAACAGUUCAUUUCAUCGAUGAUAUUGAGAAUACAUCCACAACAGAGGUGUCUAGCUCCACACCUCCACCAAUACAGACGACCAAGACUCCCCUAAGGCAGAGUACAGCCUCAGGGUUGCUCGUCUCUACAAGAGAAAAUCAGGUUUCCUUCAUUGGAGAGUGUAAUGUCACAGUCGCUGCAGCUAUAUCAAACAUCAGCUCCCCUUCCUAUCCCAACUUGUACCCACUGAACACAGUUUGCAUCACCAGACUCGCAAGCCAGACUGUCAGCUCCUUUCUCAUCAAGUUUUUUAACUUCAACAUUGAAGAGGGGGAUAACUGCACCUAUGACUCCCUCUGUAUAUAUGCACGUGCUGACUCUGACCAUUCUAUUACCGAACCUGUACUGUUGAGAUGUCUCUGUGGACCACACUUAGAGAACCCUAUAUUUACUUGGGAAGGUCAAGGCUUAGAUUUAGUCUUCAGAUCAGAUUCCUCAGUAUCAUCUGAAGGCUACUGGGCACAAGUGUUCAUUUCUCCUGUUAAGAAAGAGUCCACAUGCCCAGCUGAAUGUGAAAAUGGUGGUACUUGUACAGAAAUUUUACUGGUGGAUGGAUCAAUUGAUUGGAUGUGCAUGUGUCCUGAACUCUACACUGGGACACUGUGUCAGACCCAAGUCAAAGUCACAUGCUCCAAUGUCCAGUGUGAAAAUGGAGGCACUUGUCAGGAGGACGAGAAUGAUGCCCACUGCCUAUGCCCCAGUGGAUUUACAGGCAGAUACUGUGAGGAAAUGGGGGAGGUUACAGAGGGUGGAACUUUAUAUUUCACAAAGAUUGCUGGAAACAUGUCACUCAGUCCUGGUAGUAAUGUCAUCUUGGAAUGUGCGGUGAAUGACCCGACAGCACAUGUCAUGUGGUUGUUACAUGAUAGAAUUCUUACCAAAGCUGAUUGGUCAAGAGGUAUAGAAGUACACCCUGGGGGAGUGGUGGUCAUCCCUGAGGUCAGAGAUGAACAUUCGGGACGGUAUACUUGUAUGGCCAUCACCUCUGGUGACUUGUUGGAGAGAUCUAUGUGGGUGACACUCAAGGAACCCUGCAGCUUAUCUGUGAUCAAUGCCCCAAGUAAUAUCACAGUGCGAGAAGGUCAGAGUGCCAUGUUCCCGUGCUACAUGCCAGAUGCUGAUGUAACAAUGUGGAGAAAAGAUGGCAACCUUAUUGAACAGGGACCAAGGAAAAGAGUUUUGGUCAACCAUUAUUUGGUCAUCAACCAAGUAGUUGAAACUGAUGCUGGUCAGUACACAUGUGUGGCCCGAUCUAGAGAAGGCUGUUUCUCUAAAGUGUCUGCUUAUUUGAUUGUGGAGACCACUGGCCAUGGCCAUGAGUGUGGCAAACCAAAAAUUAAGCCUUUUGAUGGAGGAAGUAACAGAAUUAGCAAAGGGAGAGAAGCGGUGUAUGGUUCAGCCCCUUGGCAUGUCAUUCUAAGAGAAGUGAAAAAGGACACAACAUUCUGCGGGGGAUCACUCAUUUCUGCAGAUACGGUUCUUACUGCUGCUCACUGUAUUGGUCAGUUUGAAAUGAUCUUUGGCUACCCGUUUCGUCCAGAAUACAUCCAGAUCUUCAUAGGCACCCACCAGUGCUCUGGACACAAUGGGACCUUACUGCAAAUCAAAAAUUACUAUCUUCAUGAGCGCUAUAAUGACACCCACUACAACAAUGACAUAGCUAUCCUGAAAUUGGAAAGGUCUGUGGCAAUGACUGACAAUGUUAUGCCCAUUUGCUUGGAGACUCCAGAGUUUAUGGAGGAGCUACUUAAGCCAGGACGUUUGGGAGUCAUAACUGGCUGUGGCAGUCAAUUUGCUCAUGGUCCUGCUCCAGCCCAUCUACACGAAGUUCAGAUUCCGUACGUACUGCCUGACAUCUGCAAAGAGAGAGCAGCUUCAGUGAACAUAACUUUCACCUCUGGAAUGUUUUGUGCUGGCUAUUCAAGGCGAAUGAGAGGCGAUGCCUGUGAGGGGGACAGUGGUGGCGCUUAUGUCCUAGAGUUCAGUGGACGUUCUGUUCAAGCUGGCAUUGUAUCCUGGGGUGUGGGCUGCGAUAGAGAGAACCACUACGGCUACUAUACCCAUGUUGCCAACUACUAUGAUUGGAUCAUGGAGAAGAUGAAGCUGCGUUAGUUAGGCUGUCACAUCGUGUGUCAUUUGUGCUGAACAAAAGCUUUAAAAGAGAAAUCGAUUAGUGGACUUUUGUAAGGCAGUCAUCAGUAUAGGACUUACUCAGUGAUUAGUAAUGUACAAGCAGAUAGAACAUAAUUUGUUACAUAGUAAACGAUAGGCUUUAACAUUUUUCCUUUAUGAUUUUUGGACUUUGUUUAAGAAAUAAUAUAUAUUAAUAUGUCUUUCACGCUAUAUUAAUAUGCAGGCUAUUAUAUGUCUAUUAAGUAAGGUUAUAUUAAUAUGUUUAUUAAGGAGUAUGAGAGCUACAGAAAGAAUAUGCAUUGGGUCUCAGUAUUUCAAACAUUAAAUAAUUAAGCUAGGUUGAAGGAUAAAAUGGCUAUAUACAUUAAAAAAGACAAGAAAGAAUUUUUAGCAUCAAGUAAUCUAUUUGUCAUAUCUUAUAUUAUGAAAAAAUGUUGAAGUUUAUAAAAUUACACUCUAUCAUUCAACAAGAAUCAUACCUGAGGCUACAAUAAAAAACAAAUUUUAUCACAUUUUAGUUUAUCGUACAUCUGUUUGAUAGUUAACAAGCUAUAUGACAACACUGGAUAAACUAUACGUUUUUUAGAUUUUUUUUUUUUACAUGUAGGCAUGAUGGAAAAUUGUUCAGAAAUAAUUCUUUAAAAUUGUUUAUUGAAUCUAAAUCAGUGGUGGCCAACAUUUUUUUGACGUGGGCUGGUAGAUACAUUCCCCACACACUUUUAGCUACAUCACCAUAAACAUUGCAGGAGUCCAUUAGAACAGUCUUGACUGUAGUUUUAUUAGACACAGUGGGGCAGAUUCCCAGCCUGUGGGAUAUAGGUCUGGCAUCACUGACCUAGAUCAUCAGAAAUUUUUAUGCUAACACAAUUUGUCAAAACAAUAUUGGUUCAUAUCUAAUGUAUUUAUACCACUGCUUAUUUCAUGUUAUCAUAGUGUAUAGUUUUGAACCAUUCCUUUUAGUUUGCAGAAUUAUCUGCUUACUGAUACAUUUUUCGUCAGCCGGAAACAGCAAACUGAAAAUAUGGACAGUGGACAACAUGUAGCAUUUUUAUAUUUGAAAACAUAUUGGAUUAAACAACAAAUUGUACAAUA